AUGUAUCACCCAAGCAAGCUGGCUGUUGGAGCAGACUUUUAUUGCUUCAAACAUAAAAUUGAGCCAAAUUGGGAGGACCCUGUUUGUGUUAAUGGAGGGAAGUGGAUUGUAUGUUUUCCUGAAGGCAAAUCUGGCAAAUCUGAUACUUCUUGGUUGAAGACGUUGUUGGCAAUGAUUGGAGGGCAGCUUGAUCAUGGAGAUGAAAUUUGUGGAGCAGCUGUCAGUGUGAGGCGAAAGCAGGAAAGGAUUGCUCUUUGGACUAAGAAUGCUUCAAAUGAAGCUGCUCAGCUGAGCAUUGGAAAACAAUGGAAGGAGUUUCUUAAUUACAAUGGCCCUAUUGGGUUUAUAUUCCAUGAUGAUGCAAAGAAACUCAAAAGAUCUGCCAAGAAACGCUACAAGAUGCAUGAUUUGCUGCAAGAAAUGGGUUAUAGUAUUGUUAGUGAAGAAUCUGAGAAUCCUAGAAAAAGGAGCAGGCUGGUUGAUCCUGAGGAUAUCUACCAUGUAUUGAAGAAAAGAAAGGGAACGAAAGCAGUGAAAGGCAUAUACCUUGACAUGUCUGAAUCAAUGGAAAUGCAAUUGAAAUCUGAUGCCUUUACAGGGAUGCGCUGUCUUGAAUUUCUCAUAAUCAAGGGCAACCUGAGUAAAGUGCAGCUUCCUUACCGUGGUCUUGAAUUCCAAUAUGCUGGGAUAUUUCCACUGGGAUAA